UAACAGUGUAAAAGAAUGUCGGUGCAACAACAACUACCGCAGCAAGCAGUGCAAGCAGUGCCCACAAGUCAACGGCAAAAGACGGCAGUGACAGGAACACAAGCAGCAGGAGCAGCAGGAGCAGCUGGAGCCAUGGCCAGUGCAAAAUCAAAGCCCAAGAGUCGCUCGACCUGUUGGCUGCUGCAGCGGCGACAGUUGAAUAAUAUUUCCAUCGUUUUUGCCGAACUAAUUGCCACGGCCAUGCUGAUGUUCCUCGGCUGCAUGGGCUGCAUCCAGAAUUCGUUCUUCACCAACGGCCACUUCCAGUGCGCGCUCAACUUUGGCUUUGUUGUACUCAUUUGCAUCCAGUGCUUUGGCUGCGUCUGCGGCGCCCAUCUCAAUCCGGCUGUGACGCUGGCCAACUACAUCUACAACAUGAUCUCGCUGCCCAUGGCUGUGGCGUACUUUUUCGCCCAGAUGCUGGGAGCCUUCAUUGGCUAUGGCCUGCUCAAGGCCAUCAUGCCAGAGAGCGCCAUCUUCAGCACGGAUACGCCCAGCGGAGUCUGCGUUACCUCCGUGCACAGCAGCCUGACGGGGCUGCAGGGCGUCGUCAUUGAGUUCCUUAUCACCAGCGCACUGAUUGCCAUUUGCUGUGGCGUCUGGGAUCCGCGCAAUGCCAAGUUCCAGGACUCUGUGGGUGUGCGCUUUGGGCUAGCCAUCUCCUGCCUCUCCCUGACUGCGGGCCAGUUCACGGGUGCCAGCAUGAAUCCAGCGCGCUCCUUUGCCCCUGCCCUUUGGAACGGUGCCUGGGAGAACCAUUGGAUCUACUGGGUGGGUCCCAUGGCCGGGGCACUCGUCUCAUCGCUCAUCUACAAGUACGCCUUCCGGCGCGGGGUUGAGGAGCUGGAAGAGCAGGAAUCCACCAUGUCCACCAAGCGGACCGCUGAGCAGGAGUUCGCCUAGAGAGCCGACACUGUGUAGUAUCCAUUAAGUGCUUUUAAAGCGGCUUAGUUUUACCUUACCGAAUACGAAUAAAUAUCAUAUACUAAA